AUGUCCUUUGGCGUGGGCCUGCUAUGUUGCUUGAUCUUUUUCGGUGUGGAUAUUGGUGCCUUGGGUACACCGUUACCUACAGAUCAUCUAUUAGAGGCACCAGGCUAUGCUUGGAUUGGCGGCCUUUGCGGGUUCUUUUACGUUGCUUCCAACAUUUUGGCUGUACCUCGAUUAGGUGUGGGAACUUCGUUGGCUCUGUUUGUGUGUGCACAGGUUAUUACUGCUUGUUUGGUUGAUAAUUGGGGAUUAGUUGGUGUGGAAGUUCGGCCCUAUACCACAUGGAGAAUAUUGGCCUCUUUAGGCGCUGUGUUCUGUGUGUUUGUGAUUACUAAAUACUAA